CGAACUGUAGUAAAUAAAUAAAACAUGUUGAGAAUGUUUCACAUUUCUCUUGAUUUAUGUUAUUUUUGAGAAAAUAUUUGAUUUUAUACCAUGCCAGCUGAUGAGCUAAACAUAGAAGCAGUAAGGUAGAUUUUGGUAAACCCAUUUCUACAACAGUCAUGUCUGCAUGUUCCAUAUGUCUGGACGAAAUAGCCUUGGAGGGCUUGGAUGGAAUCACAAUAUCGGCAUUAUGGAUACGCUUGGCGGAUUGUAUCCCAGCAUUCCCUAUGAAGCUUGACGAUGCGACGAAAGCCUACCUCUGGCGGGAAAUUGCACUGCUUGAUGAUUUACAAUUCUAUGAACUUGAAGCACCAAGACCACCUCUUGUUUUGAAGAAAAAAUACUUAGAUUGUGAAUCUCAGAUAGUAGAUAGGGAGGAUGAAGAGGAAACAAUCGAGGAUAUAUACCCAAUCUGUAUCAUCGAGGAUAAAAAUAUACGAGGUAGCUGCUCCACCUAUCACACACGCAAAGAUGUGACAAGUUAUAUCCGUAACGAUCAUGGGGAACUGUUGUGUAACCUUGACAACGUCAUUGAAAGAUGGGGUGGACGUCUGGUAAUUGUGGCGUCACAAGAAUUGAGGGAAGAAUCAAUAUUUGAGAAAACUGCUAACACUAACUUCCCAAUGGUUCUGGAACAUUACUGCUUUCUAGAAAGAGUGGCAAGGUCGAGAUUUGUUGGUGAACUUACACAGGGAAAGAACAGCAUCUCUGUUGCAAUGAAGAGGAAAAGCAAGGAUAUUUUCUACAUGAAGAAAAUACUCUCCAAAUGUGGCCUCUGUAAGUCGCAGCACUUCAGCAAAUCGACAGGGUUUAAAACCAUGAGUGGAAAUUUGAUCCACAUUCCACGCUUCUACUCUGACCAAUCUGUUAAGUGGAUAAGACAAGUUAGACUUCUCUGUGAUCUUUUGGAUGCUAAGCCCAACAAGCGGGAAGUUAUGCAAAUCAUAAGAGCUGAAACCCAAUUGAAAGAUAAAACUUUCAAAAAGACAACUGAUCAAGCACGUUUGAUGGUCACCAAAACGAUGAUUCCCUUCCGGGAAAUGUACCCAGAUGCCGAUGAAAAGACUUGGCGCCUACCAAAGAAAAAUAACCAGAUUAGAGAAAGGCAAGUUCAAGUGUUGACACUGAUAAAGCCAUUUGAUAUGGAGCUGUUAAGGUACAACAAAGAUGACACCGUGGAGCCAGAUGAGGAGGCAGAGGAUGAAAAUGAUAUUGAAGCAUAUGACCUCCAAAUGGAACUUCCUACAAUAUGUCAAAUCUAUAAGUUCAUCAAGGAUGUUGGUCUGCAAGGUCGAAGGAUCACUGAUAUCAACUGCGCUUUGCAAAUUGGACGACUCAACUCACGGUCAUUUGUUCGCAACUUAGAGAAGAACAGGUUGAUCUCAUCUGUCCUGAUAAAUGAGGGAAAGCAGCGCACAUGUCGGUACAUUGCCAUGGAAUUCCUUGCCCCUGGUAGUUUACAUGCAAGGUUUGCUGUAGAGGAGGCACUCACCAAAGCCCUGAAGAAAAAAUCCACAAAACUUGCAAUUAAGCCUGAAGUGAAAGAUGAACCCCCAGUUCCUGUAGAACUACCAGCCCUAGAUGUCAGCCAGGAUAGUGAGAGCAUGCAAGUCUCUAUAGAUGCUGUACAAGAAGAGUCAACACCACCACCAACCGUUGAGCCUAAAGAUGAAGAGGCCACCAUAUCUGUCAAGCACACUGUGAUAGAUGGCAUACCAUUGAACACCAACCUACCAGAGGAGCUAAGUGAACUCAGCGAAUCUCUCAUCAAUAGGCUCUCCUUUGAGUAUGUCAACAAGUAUAAUAGGAGUAAAGGAAAGGGGAAAGAUAGUCACGUGACCUUCAGGACAUUGAAGCGGGCCAACUAUAUACUGAAGAAAGUAGAAGAGAUGUCUAUAGUGACAAAUAUAUUCAGCUUGAUUCGGGGUAUCCGUAUUUAUGAGAAGGAAGAAGGCUAUGAUACAAGAAUGGAUAAAAGAUCUCUGUCACGUCUACUUGAAAGACUCUCCCAAGAAGGGGCCCUAAAACUACUCAAAACUACUGUUCGAUAUGAGGGCCAAGAAAAAUCUUUCAUCAUUGUGUGCCAUGCUAAACUGUCAUCAGAUGACCCUCUCAUUCAGAGAAAUGCCAGAGAGGCAAAGCUUCAAAUGUUCUCCUCUGUCAAAAUGGUGGACAGGUCACAAUGUACAGGACAGAAGACCCCCAUGAGUCACUGGAGACUAAAAAUGCACCAGAAACAUUUGAAAAACAAGAGCCUGGAAGAGGUGAAGAAAUCUAUAACAUACAAUGCUGAAUUCAAGAGAAUAUAUGGGUUUGAGCCAAUAUACAAACGCUUGGAGAUUGUCCAUACGUUGCUAUGGUACCUUGCAUAUGAUUGGAAAACAGAUCACAUACAAACAGAUCCUGAGGACUUUGACCCUGAAAAAUACAUCACUCCUGAUGGGACAGAGCCUCAUGUUUAUAAGGAUGAAUUGACAUGGAAGAGAUUCAUACCCCCUCAGUCAAUCUCUGUUCAUGGAGAGGGCUGGUGUAUCAUGUCUGAUAUAAUUCUCAGUUUGCCCCUUUGCCUGUUUGUCAAGAUCAUCAGCAUCAAUUAUGAGGUUGAAGGCUUGGCUGAGCUUCUGAAACAUCCCACUGAUCGCUUCCUUCUCAUUGGUCAGAUUCCUGAGAAGGUCAGUGUCCAGCUUUUAUUCACGAGGAAAUACAUACAUGCAUUCCAUGAAAUGUGUGAAUAUCUGUGUAUGAUGGGACUACUUUCUUUCGGCCCCAGAAUCAUGAAUGAGAAGGAUCGGACGUUUCUGUAUGUUCACAAAAGUAUUACAAUAGUGGACACAACCCCAUUAGAAUCUAAAUACACCAUCCUGGACAAGGGGGUAGUGGAGAAUGGCAACCUGGACCACUUUCUAUACAGAUUCAGGAAAGAAACUGACGUCACCAAUUUCUGGCUUGAUCUUAAGAUCAUCUCACUCAACACCAGUUUCACCGUCCAUGCUCCCCCUGACAUAGACACAGAAUUAUACUGGAUGAAUGGGCAUAGAUCCAAGAAGGCCCUUCCUCCCUUUACUGAUCUGCUGAAGAAUAAGGCUCCUCACAUGGUGGAAGAUAAGGGCAUCGUACCAGGGGACAAGAGGGGACCUGGAGGCUUUGAUGGCGGCCUGCAUCUUCAAAUGCAGAGAAAAUGGGGCACCUUCAACCUUGCGCCUGUCCUCCCUGGCAAUCGUGUGUUUUAUGGGCAGAAAGAGGUGACAGCAUUAAAGGCUCCACAGCAUAAAACGGUGGGAAGACUCCCAAGAGCAAUAAAGAACCAGACUCUAGAUCUGAUAUGUGAGGAGGACAAACAUGUUAAAGUCAGCAAAGAGAAACCUGCAGAUGGAGCUGAAAAGGAAAAGGAGAGUCAGGCAGCCAAAAUUAAAAAUUUGAAGACAAGAGUGACAACAAAGUCACCAGUGAAAGGAGGUAAGGGAAUACCCAAGCGUAAACGAAAGACCUCUACAUCUGCAGGGCCUGUCAAAAAGAAAAGGAAACUUCAAAUCAAGCAUUUGUAUCCAAAGGGAAAGAUUUCAAAUCUGUUGUAUGACCAGAAGGAUGUCGAGGCUAUGGGACGUAUGGAGAAACAGAGGGUUAACUGGACAGAAAGAGAGGAUAGUUUGUUGCUGAUCUGUAAGGUAGCAUCUUUGUUCAUGGUUGGAGAACGACCUGGUCUGAUUGUACCCUGGACCACAGUGCGAGACACAAUGCAUGAUGCCAUGCCUGAGUCAGCUGACAAGUCCACGAAGACUUGCAUACGACGUGUUGCAUAUAUGAUGAAGAAUGAGCAAACCAAGAGUAGUGUCGCAACCUUCCUCAGCGAAUGUCUUUGUGAUAAGGAGCUUGUUGGAAGGUUCAAAACUGGUAAGGUCUACAAACUGACUAAUAUUGCAUACAAUGUGAAGGUCUUCAAACAACUUCUAGAGUGUCUGCUAUUAAAAUUCAAAAAGCAUGAUGAGCGAUCCUCAAUGCUUGAUCUGCCAGAUGAUAUUGAGACCUGCUACAAGAAGUUCACAUUCUCCGUGGGCUCUCUCAAGUUCAAGUCCACCCACUCAGAUGUCACUAGCCCCGCAGAUGUGCAUAUAUCCGUCAUACACAACUUUAUCCAUAGUGUUGCAGCUGCUAAUGACAAGGUAGGACGUGCUCAGGUGCUAUAUAAAGUGUUUUCAAGCUACAGCGAAGAUACCCUUCAGACAACAUUCUACCAGAUGGUCAAAGAUGGCAUCAUCGUCAAAAAAAGGAGGGACUACAACCAGGGAAGAAGCCAGCAUUCUAUAUUUGUCAAAGGCACUCAUCAGUUGGCACAGAGGUACAUCUACUCAUUCAUAUUCAAAUAUCACCAUGAGAUCUUUAAGAAGAGUGAUGAGCUAUUCUCAACACUCCGCAACCAGACCUUGAUUAAGAGUGAACUUGGGGAUGAUGGAGAGGCUAAAGGUUAUGAAGUGUCCAGAACUGAUGAGGGAGGAUAUACUGCACUGAUCAUUGGCCUACAAGGCUUGGGGAAGUUAAACUUCCAUAUAGAGAUCCCAGAGAACAUCAUUGCUGUAGAGAACAUCCCUGGUGUGCCAUCCCCGGAAGCCACAGAGAAGCACAAGAAAGAUGGUGGAAUCAGAAAGAAGGCGGACAAUGGAAAGACUGAAGGGGACAAGAUGAAUGAAGGUGAUGAAGAAGUUGAAGGAGACAAGAGAGAAAAAACAGGAGAGAUAGAAGAGAUAGUUAGGAAACAACCAGAAACUGUACACAUGAGGCAUGAGGGAGCUCAAGAACUAGUGAGUAUGGAGCAUGGUUACUUCAGUGGCUCUGCCCCCAAGGACCCUAUACACAUGUCUGUUGAUGAACACUUAGAUGAUGUUGAAUGGCCAGAGAGGAACCAUGAGGUUGAGGAGUACAUAAAGAAUAUGGGAAUGAUGAUGCAAGCACCAAGACAUAACCAUAACAUCUGUAAGACAACUGUCGUACAGGAGAACUCACCCAUAGAGAGAUUACCAUCUGGUUUAAAUCAGAGCACGACUCCCGUUCCAGUUUUGACGCAACGAACCACAUCAAGAUUCAUAACUCAGAUGAACCGUCAGCAGUCAAACUUUAUGGAAUGUAUAAAGAAUAUACAAUACAGAGAAAUUGGAUGUAAUGAAAAUCUGGUCAUUUCAUCUUGCCGUACACAUGUUAAGAUCUUAGCCAAUGAAAAUCAAGAAGGUGGUGUAACUGAGCAGAGGGAUACUAAUGAUUCAGCAUAUAUACAUCCCAAAUUCUCACGUGAGAUCUUAAAGAGGGUAACAAGACUUCAUAACCAUAAUGUGACUUUUAAAUCAUUUCUGGAAAAACCCGAGAUAAAAUCAAACUUCACAUCAACUGAUAUGGAAGAGUUUAAGCGUAUACAUGAUGAUGUAGAAUCACAGGGUUACCUUGGCUACAAGGAAAUAGAGCUUUGGGAAAGAUUUGGCGAGAUCAGCAACUUCAAACAAUUACUAGAUGCACUAUUGGAAAGCCAGGUG